GAUGCGUGAGGUGGCUCUCAAACAAUAGAAAGUGGUACGUACCAUCACAGUCUUUGCGAUAGGUACAUUUCCCCACGAAGUCAAGAUUAGAUUUUCUACUUUGCAUUGAUAAAAUAGUUUCCUCGCCAGUGAAUUAAUCUUAAAAUCGAUUGUUGUAGUAUCUGUUGCAUUAGAUUGUGCCCCCUGGAGCCCUUCUGGGAGGGAAUAGUGCCUUGUUCCUUCGCUGCUGAACGUGAAUCAUUUCUCCCCGGCUAUGAUAACCAAAGCAUGGAAGUGGGUUGGAUUGGAUCUGUCAACUGAUAGAAACAGCGGCUUGUACUGUACUGUAGUAGGGAUGGCAAGAAUAUAGGAGGAAUUGAACAGACAUUUGAGGACCGGUCCUUGCCAUUCUGCCGCCCAAGGUGAGACCAAAAGAUGCCGCCCCCGCAAAACUAGAAUAGUCACAGUGUGGUAGCCGAGGUCCAGGUAUCCCAGGAUGCCGUUGGUGAAGAGGAGUAUCGAGCCCAGGCACCUGUGCCACACGGUGCUGCCGCGGGGCAUUAAGAACGAGCUGGAGUGUGUGACCAAUGUGUCCCUAGCUAAUGUCAUCCGACAGCUCAGCAGCCUCAGUAAGUACGCAGAGGAUCUUUUUGGGGAGCUGUUCAACGAGGCCCACUCCUUCUCCUUCCGGGUCAACUCCCUCCAGGAGCGUGUCGACCGCCUCUCUAUCAGCGUCACUCAGCUAGAUCCUAAGGAGGAGGAGCUAUCUCUCCAGGACAUUACUAUGAGGAAGGCAUUUAGGAGCUCCACCAUCCAGGACCAGCAGCUGUUUUCCCGCCAGUCGCUGCCCAUCCCCCUGCAGGAGACGUUUGACCUCUGCGAGCAGCCACCACCCCUCAACAUCCUCACACCCUACAGGGAUGAUGGUAAGGAGGGGCUGAAGUUCUACACAAACCCCUCCUACUUCUUUGACCUGUGGAGAGAGAAGAUGCUGCAGGACACGGAGGACAAAAGGAAAGAGAAGAGGAAACAGAAGAUGGAAUUGCCUUUUCAUGUGUGGCCGGAGGGCCUUAUCAGAGUCCCCGCUGAACCCCCUCCCCUCCUUUCCCCCCCAGAGUUGCAGGACCCCGGCAUGUAUGAUCAGGUCUAUAGGUACUUAGACCUCCCAGGGCAGGUAAGGGGAAACGACCGUACUCUGGAGACUGAGAAGGUACCCCGGGCUCCUCACGACCGGAAGAAGGAGUGGCAGAAACUGGCGCUGGGGGCGGAGCUAGCUGAGGACAACUCUGAGGAGGCCUUGAAAGAAAGAGAGGCUAACGGCUCUGCCACCUACCACGACAGGUCUGGAGCUCCUAUGUACUUGGAAGGGAUGGACGGGCCGUUCUCCCUAGCAGCGCUGCCCUACAGUCAAAUGAACGAGCUACUGAACCGUCCUGGGGACAGAAUGUACACGCGACCCCACGACCCCCCACCACUGCCCCCAAUGCACCCUCUGGGAGACAUCAAACCCCCCUCCAUGAUCAGCUCCAGUUCAGGUUUUUCAGACAGCAGACCCCAGUCUCCAGCACAGAUGCAUGGCUUCAAUUCCAACACCCCUCCCCCUCCACCUCCCCCCUUGCCUCCUCCACCUCCCCCCUUGCCUUCCAUGUCCAGCUCUGGCCCACGGGGCACCCCUCCUCCCCCUAUCCCUCCUCUACCAGUCCAGCAGCAGACCCCAGCCAUCCCCCCUCCCCCCGCCCCCCUCCAGAUUGCCCCUGGCGUCCUCCACCCUGCCCCUCCUCCCGUGGCUCCUCCCCUCCACCUCUCCUCCCCGGCACGCCUCCAACAGAUCCUGGACAAGGGCCCACCCCCUCACCAAUCAGAUGGCACUGUACUGCCCCCGCCCCCUCCUCCUCCUCUGCCCCUCCCAGGAGCACGGAUCUCCUCCCCCUGCCCGCCAGGCCCGCCCCCCGUGCCUUCCUUCCUGUCAGGUGCCGUGGGGUCCCCAGCCUCUCACUCCAGUGGAAAGAAACAUUCUGCCAGCCUGCCACCCAUCAGUGACGCACGCAGCGUCUUAUUGGAGGCCAUCCGCAAAGGUAUCCAGCUCAGGAAGGUGGAGGAGCAGAGGGAGCAGGAGGCGGCCAAACACGCGCGUGUGGGGAACGACGUGGCCACCAUCCUGUCCCGACGCAUCGCCGUCGAGUACUCCGACUCGGAGGAUGAGUCGGAGUUCGACGAGGGAGACUGGAUGGAGUGAACGAGAUGGAUGGAGAGGAGAAGAGAAGGGGACAGAGGGCAAAAUUGUCACUCAACUGUACCCCCUUUCGAGACGUCAGAAGUUUGUCCUUACAACGCUGCUCUCCUCUGUCAGUCCUGUUUUACUUCCCUUUCAUACACUACUCUACACCCCUCUCUCUCCCUCUCUCUCUCUCUCUCUGUCAAUUACCGUUCUUCUAUGUGUGUUCGGAUGAAAAGCUCCACGUCAGUUGUAUGUUCCAUGUGUUCUGGUCGGGUUAUGUUUUUGUACUCAUUUUUCUACACUACUGCACAUCGGUCAGUUGCUGUCAUGUUAUGUUCCUUCUUUAUCCUCCAAUAUUAUGAAAUCCUCCUUGUGUACAGUUGUUUCCAAAUGAAACCUUUUAAAGAAAAAACUUUUUUGUUUGUUUUCCUGUUUGUUUCUCGCUGUUCAGUAUUAGCGUAACAAAGUGGCAUGACACUUCUGUCCUUAGUUCUGUCCUGCCUCCUGGUGGGCCAAAGUGGAGAUGAAUGGAUUCUGUAUUUUAUUAUCUCUUCUUGGAGUUUCUUUUCUAACAGAAAAACACAUGCAGUUUUUAAAUGGGCCAGUUGUUGCCAAUAUGAACUACUUGAAGGAUGGUAGCCAUCCUGAAUACCAGUCGGCUGUGGUUAUUUGCUGAUGUGAUUUAUUGGAGUUGUUCUGUGUUUUAUAUCAUCCGGAUUUGACUUAUCACCUAAGAACAAGGAAAAUAUUGUGAUGAUGAUAUGUUAUGUGAUGAUUGUUGUCUGAUUCUGAUGAUGAAGAUAAAGAAGAAUUAUGGUGAGAUAUUAGAAUAAUCAGAACCACUUAACAGUAGUGUCCCACUGGGAACACACAGGUUUAAUCAACGUUGUUUCCACUUAAUUUCAAUGAAAUUAUGUUGAACCAACGUGGAAUAGAUGUUGAGUUGACGUCUUUGCUCAGUGGGGUCUGAGCAAUAGGAACCACUUUUAGAAGGCAGAUUAUUUCCUGGGUUCCCUCUCUGUGUGUCAACUAACGAGAAGCUUUACCUCGUUUGACUCUAGAACACUAAAUAAGGGCUCUAUUCAAUCUGUAUCGCUGAAGUGUUACAGAUUGUGCAAUACACAUUUUAAGAUAAUUUCCGAUUGAGCCGACAGGUGCUGCAUUUACUGUGAAUGCGGUCUCCGUUAACUUGGGAAAAUUGCCUUUACAUUUCAAUCACGCUGUAAUGCUGAUCUUCAGCGAUACACAUUGAAUAGAGCCCUAACAGUUACUAUGAAGAAUUUAAAUGAAUUAACGCCAUUAGUCUACCCGUGUUUCUGCUGCCAAGGGGGUGGGGCCAUGAUGAGAAAGAAGGAUUCAUCUGCCUUCACGGCUCCCUUUGAAGAUGCCUGCAGUCCUUUUCUUUCUUUUGUUCUUUCUUCUACUUGCCUUAUUGUUUGUACAGACAUAUCGUUGAGUUGAUGAAUGUAUUGUGCUGUUACUACUUUUUGCCUGUUCUGGUAUGAAUUAACUGUUUCUAUGUUUGGGGAGUGGGAGAGAGGAAAAUGAACCCUGGGUUCAAACAAUAUGCUGUAUAACAUGUAACUGUUGACUGUAACAAUUUGCUUGAGUUAAUAAAAGCUAAUGUUAUGUUUUA